CCCCAUUGGACUGAUGUAGUGUGCCUCCAUAACAAAAGCCACACUGCUCAUGUGCUAUGGUGCCAGAAAGGCACGGCACUCAGUAACCUAAACUAGGACGCUUUGAUGGGACCAGCUGCGAAUGAAAAAUAGGGAUAUUACGAAGAACUACAAAAAAAAAAGAAACUUUCGGCUUUGAAACAUUAAUUAUCUCGAUUUCUUCUCCCCUACAUGACAAAGCGCUCACCAGGUUACUUUGAGCAUGGAAAACCUCUCUGCGGACCAGGGCUGUGAGCUGUAAGUUGAAAACUGAGCAGACCUGCGACUGGUUGGGAAAUGGCAAAUAUUCUGGAGCUGCGGACAGAUGGAAACUCACUCCUGAAGGCGGUAUGGCUCAGACGCCUGAGACUCACCAGGCUCCUUUUGGAAGGAGGUGCAUACAUCAACGAGAGCAAUGAACGUGGAGAGACGCCUCUUAUGGUGGCCUGCAUGUCCACACAUACUGAUCAGCAGAGUGUGAGCAAAGAGAAGCUGGUGAAAUAUUUACUGGACAACCAGGCAGACCCCAACAUACAGGACAAAGCAGGUAGGACAGCACUGAUGCACGCCUGCAUCCACAAGGCAGGACACGAGGUGGUGGAUCAUCUACUCAGCAAUGGAGCUGAUCCCAGUCUGGAGGACAGGAGCGGGGCCUCAGCACUGGUUUAUGCCAUCAAUGCAGAUGAUAAGGAGACAUUAAAACUGCUGUUGGAUGCAUGCAAAGCUAAAGGCAAGGAGGUCAUCAUAAUCACCACAGACAAGUCGCCGUCAGGCACUAAAACCACCAAACAGUACCUUAAUGUCCCCCCAUCACCAGAGCUGGAUGAGAGGUCCUUUUCAGCCUACUGCACCUCUCCCUCUGAUAUCAAUGUGACUGCAUCUCCCACACCUGAAGAAGAGCAACAAAACACAGUCUUCAGUUUUCAGACAAAACUAAAAAUCUCUAGUUCAGCUGCAAAGCUGGCGAACGGGCCGACUUCACCAACACGUCGGCCUGCAAACCCUAAGCGCGCACGAUUACCUCAGCUGAAGCGACUGCAGUCAGAACCAUGGGGGUUGAUUGCUCCCUCUGUCCUAGCUGCAGCUGCCACCCAUGAAGAAAGCAAGAAAGCAAGCUCUGAUGAGGAUGUUGUGGCAGGUGUAAAUGGUCUCUCGUUGAGUAAGAGGUCAGUUUUAUCUCGACAUAACAGUGUAGAUGGAAAGGACAGUGUAUUCCCACUAGUGGGUGAGCAACCUUGCAAAAUGACAACCUCUCUAUCAGUUCCUCCAACGUCAAAAGCAGCAUACGAGCGAUCUCUAAGCCAGCACCAGCCACUGGCGAGGCGCAGUACUGUGCCCGCAGAGCAGGAGAGCAGCAGCUGCAACAGCGGACCAGCCAGUUUGAGAGAUACGAAGCAUAGGAGACGUCUGGGGAAUGAUCACUAUGACUCAGACUCACAGCUCUAUUCAGACUCUGCCAUGUUAGACUCUCCUAAGGUCCCAGUGGAGCGAAGGAAACUAAACACUUCUCCACUUGCAAUGUUAACCAGCUCCAGAGAAUCACUAGACAGCAAUGCCAGCACAUCCUCCCCCAGCACAGCACGCCGGCGUGCACCAGGCCUACUGGAGAGGAGAGGCUCAGGCACCCUGCUGCUGGACCACAUCUCUCACACCAGGCCCGGCCACCUGCCCCCUCUCAACAUCAACCCAAACCCUCCCAUCCCCAAUAUCGGGGCCAGUAGCAAGCCCUCCUCACCUCUGGCCACAGGGAUCAGAUCGAUAGCUCCAGUAGCACCAAACACACCAAAGAGAGGUGGCCUCAUGUCCAAGAAGAAGCUUGUGAGAAGGCACUCUAUGCAAGUGGAGCAGAUGAAACAGCUUUCUGAUUUUGAAGAGCUGGCUCAUUAGUUAGUGAUGGUGUUUAUGCAGCAGAUAUUUGUGGGGGUAGAAAUGUUAACACCAUAAAUCAUCAGGAAAUACAUUCAUAGGUUCAGAUAUGUAGAGUCAGCCAUUUAGAUGUUGAAUAAUGUAUAAUUUAUUGAAAAAUUUAUUGGAAAAAGAGCAAUAUAGAUAUUCUUCAUGUUUUAAACCCAACCUAACAGAUGAUUAUCUUUUGACUCCUCAACACUCUGCUGUAUGUGUUACAGUUUGAAUGUAAUUGCCAAGAAAUGGUACUUUUCCUCUGAACUAGCUCUGUUACAUGAUAAUGUAAUGUGUAGGGAAUAUACAGGGUCCAUUUGUAGCCAAAAGGCCACUUGGGUGCACUUUGUGUAUAUGUAAUUAGCAUCAUUAAUGGACUUUGGAUAAGUAAAAAUGUGAUGCACUUGUCUGAGAUGUAGCGUUGAGUAAGAUGAAAUUUGACUGUUUGUAGCAAUUUUGUACAAAGUGCCUUCAAGAUAAAGAAACCUUAAAAAAGAGCAGACAGAUACAGUUAAUGUAUUAAAGAUGUUUUAAUUUGAAAUGAUGUAACCAAAUGUGUUUAAUUUCCAUAUUGUUGGUCUCACAUGGAACAAAAUGAAGAGUCAGAACACACAUGAUGUGAAUGAAUGGACAACAUGCCUUAAGAAACAGGUAAAAUAAUGGGCUAUGUAUAACAGCACUUUAUUGCCCAGGAGGAAAAAAAAAAAGAUGAAUACAACUGUUAUCUCAAAGCACACGUAAUUACCUUAUAAUUACAUUAUUAAUUCUAGCAACACUGAAUGACAUUAUAGCCCUUAGCCAACUCAGACAUUAGCGAUACUUGUCAACUAAGAUGUAAUUUCACGCUAAUGGCAAUCAAAACUAAAGAUCAUACAGCUUCCAUGUUAUUUACCUGUGAAGCAUAGCUUCUGUUUAAAAGAAAACGUAAUUUAUUCCAUAGUAUUUUUGCAAGUAGUUUGUUGUAUAUUCUGAAUAAACGUCUAUCACUUGUGAA